AUGGGUGUUGUUACCUUCACCGAGGACAUCGCUAGCCCCGUCCCGGCGCCGAGGCUGUUCAAGGCCUUGAUCCUUGAUGCUGAUAACCUCAUCCCCAAGAUUGUACCACAGGCUAUCAGGAGCAUCGAAACAAUCCAAGGAGAUGGCGGCCCUGGAAGUAUCAAGCAAAUGAACUUUGCCGAAGGUAGUCCUUUCAAGUGCUUGAAACAUAGGAUUGAUGCAUUAAUGGACAAGCUCGAGUUCAUUUCUUAUGAAAUGAAGCUUGAGUCCGAUGCCAAUGGUGGUUGCGUUGGUAAGAAUAUAAGCAAGUACCAUGCCAAACCCGGCGUUGAGAUCAAGGAGGAGGAAAUCAAGGCCGGGAAAGAGAAGGCCUCUGCCGUGUUCAAGGCUGUUGAAGCCUACCUCUUGGCAAACCCUAAUGCCUAUGCUUAA